AGACUCCGUUUUUGAUUGACUAGGUUUUUGUUAAUCCAAGGAGUGGGAAGAGAAAUGGGUGUAGAACAUGGGAAGCUGUGGCUCCUAUAUUUUCACAAGCUGAAGUGAAGACAAAGGUCACUGUAACAGAGAGAGCAGGACAAGCGUUUGAUGUAAUGGCAUCCAUCUCAAACAAGGAGCUUAAUUCAUAUGAUGGUGUGGUAGCUGUUGGUGGAGAUGGGUUCUUCAAUGAAAUCCUCAAUGGCCUUCUUUUGUCCAGGCAUAAAGCUCCAUACCCACCACACCCAGCAGAAUCUAUUCAACCUGUCAACGAUGGUUGCAAUGUGACGGUCCAUGAUACAGAUGGAAACAUAGCAGAACCUUCUGAUAAUAAUAAUAAUAAUAAUGAAGACCGCUCCCCUCUUCUCCCUCAUUCUGAGCUUGAUGGAAGGCAAGGAGUCACUUGCAAGGGAGGUUAGUUAGUUUACUGUUCACGGCUGUCAACUGAAUUUGUGGGAUAUAUCAUUCAAGAAGUCUUCUUUCAUCUGUCAUUCCUAUAAACAACAACUUGUUAACCAAGCUUUCGUUUAGAUCUUGCUUCAUUUCUGAACUUUGGUUUUGUCAUGGUUUGGACAAACAGAUGGGGAUUCUUUUUUAUUUCCGAAUGAACAUUUCAGGUUUGGGAUAAUUCCAGCAGGAUCAACCGAUGCCAUCGUUAUCUGUACCACAGGUGCUCGGGAUCAUAUAACAUCUGCAUUGCAAAUUGUGCUUGGCAAAAGUGUCUGCCUUGAUAUUGCUCGAGUUAUAAGAUGGAAAUUAUCAUCCACCUCAAAGGAUGAUGAACCCUCUGAGCGCUAUGCAGCCUCCUUUGCUGGGUAUGGAUUUUAUGGAGACGUAAUCACAGAAAGUGAAAAAUAUCGCUGGAUGGGCCCAACAAGAUACGAUUUUGCAGGAACUAAAGUAUUCCUCCGACACAGCUCAUAUGAAGCAGAAGUCACAUAUUUGGAAGCUGCAGAUUCAAAGAAAGGCGAAGAGGGAGGUGUAGCGGGUAGUAAUAGGAUGAAAGCAGCACUUGCACGUAAGAAGCAGGAAAGAAAUGUUUGCCGUGUGAACUGCACUGUUUGCAACUCAAAAGCUAGUGACACAUCAGCAGGGAAAGAGGAGAGACCGGACGAAGAGCCAUAUUCGUCAAGAAAAUGGUUGAAGUCUAAAGGACGGUUUCUGAGUAUAGGUUGUGCAAUAAUAUCUUGUCGCAACGAAAAAGCUCUCGAUGGACUUGUGGCCGAUGCUCAUCUUUCAGAUGGUUUCUUUCAUCUUAUAUUGAUCAGAGAUUGCCCUCAUGCUUCUUAUUUAUGGCAUCUUACGCAGCUAGCAAAAAAAGGCGGGAAUCCCUUGGAUUUUCAAUUUGUUGAACACUGCAAGACUAGGGCUUUUACUUUCACUUCUUUUGGAAAAGAGAGUGUGUGGAACAUAGACGGCGAGCCAUUCCGGGCCCAUCAACUGUCGGCCCAAGUUUUCCGUGGCCUCAUCACUAUGUUUGCUACUGGGCCUGAAGUUUAGCUGCUAAGAAUGGUGUGUGCUUUUACAAAAUGUUUUGCUAUGUGGUUCUUGAAAUGGAUCUUCACACAGUUCUGACUUGGCAUAGUUGAUUGCUAAGCCCUCACUUUCUACCCCCAUCUGGGCUAGGCCCGUUGGACCAGUCUGCUCGGCAAUACAACCGAGGUUGUCGGGCUGAGAAUUUUUUGGCCCGAUCUGAAGCGGACCUAAGAGGGCCAAGCCCAAACAAGCUUCUGAAUGAAAUGAGCUCAUCUAAGUCUAGUUUUAUUGAAGUACAAUGAAUGCUUGUAGCUGAA